AUAACGUUCUUUCCAAGAAUGAUGUCGACGGAAAGUGCCAACAGCUUCACGCUGAUCGGGGAGGCGUCGGAUGGCGGCACCAUGGAAAACCUCAGCCGGAGACUGAAGGUCACCGGUGACCUCUUUGACAUCAUGUCUGGGCAGACAGAUGUGGAUCACCCUCUGUGUGAGGAAUGCACGGACACGCUGCUGGACCAACUCGACACACAGCUCAACAUCACCGAGAACGAGUGCCAGAACUACAAGAGAUGUCUGGAGAUACUGGAAAAAAUGAACGAGGAUGAUAAGGAGAAACUGCAGACAGAACUGAAGGAACUUGCGCUGGAGGAAGAGCAGCUGAUUCAGGAGCUGGAGGACGUUGAGAAGAACCGCAAGAUAGUGGCUGAAGACUUUGAGAGAGUCAGGGCAGAGGCAGAGCGGCUGGAGCAGGAAGAAGCUCAGUAUCAGAAAGAAUACUGUGAAUUCAAGAGGCAGCAGCUGGAGCUAGAUGAUGAGCUGAAAAGCGUGGACAACCAAAUGCACUAUGCCCAGAUGCAACUGGAUACCUUAAAGAAAACCAACGUGUUCAACGCGACUUUUCACAUCUGGCACAGUGGUCAGUUUGGCACAAUAAAUAACUUCAGACUUGGCCGUCUCCCCAGUGUUCCUGUAGAAUGGAAUGAGAUCAACGCUGCCUGGGGGCAGACUGUGCUGUUGCUCCAUGCCCUUGCUAACAAAAUGGGCCUCAAGUUUCAAAGAUACCGUCUCGUACCCUACGGCAACCACUCGUAUUUGGAGUCCCUCACAGACAAAUCAAAGGAGCUCCCCUUGUACUGUUCUGGAGGCCUCAGGUUCUUCUGGGACAAUAAGUUUGAUCAUGCAAUGGUGGCUUUCCUGGACUGUGUGCAGCAAUUCAAAGAGGAAGUGGAAAAAGGUGAAACUCGGUUUUGUUUGCCUUAUAGGAUGGACGUGGAGAAAGGAAAGAUUGAAGAUACAGGUGGCAGCGGUGGCUCUUACUCUAUCAAAACACAAUUUAACUCUGAGGAGCAAUGGACAAAAGCACUAAAAUUCAUGUUAACUAACCUGAAAUGGGGUCUUGCCUGGGUCUCAUCCCAAUUCUAUAACAAGUAACCGUGUAGAGAACUCGUCCUGGCAGCUGUAGAGUGUCUGCGUUUCGUUGGAGAAAGUCAAAUUAAGAUGUCUCUUAAUAUCAACCAGUACAAAAUGUUUACAAUACCAAAAAUCCACAAGACACUUUAAUUAAAAUACCAUUAUUACAAGUAGUAUCUAGAAAAGCAAUAUGUAAAGUUAUAUUAUUGAGCUGAACAGAAUAAUAAAUAAAAAAAAACACCAAACAGCUAUUAAAUAGAUGCUAAACUGGUAUUUCUGGGAUUUGUAGCUAAGAGUAUAAAUUACUGUCAAACUCCAGAACACCACCCAGUUUGAUACUCUUCUGUGACAGCUUAACACACAGGGAAUAACGUGAAA